AGGCCGGCAGUAUGUCCGUUGACAGAUGAGGAAGUGUUGUUAGCAGCAUGUUGUUCAGCCUACAGUUUAUCUCUGUUCGAUGACAGCUCCUCUCUGAGCUCCCUCUGUUCAUAUUAGACCUUCACCUCCUCCUCUUCAUCAUCUUCCUCCUCGGAGUGUCUCCUCUGCAGGUGCUCAGCAUGGCGUGCUGGGUGGUUCAGGUGACGAUGAUGAUGAUGUCCAUCUUCAUCAGCAGUGCUAGCGGAAAGAGGGACAAGGUGCUUUACUGCUCAGCAUGCAAAGCAAUAGUGGAUGAACUGAACUUCUCCAUUAGUCAGGUGGACCCGAAGAAGAUCAUCAACGUUGGCGGCUUCAGGAUCAAUCCUGAUGGGACCAUGAACGACAAAAAGGUGCCUCUGGCUCGCUCUCAGACUCACCUGGCUGAGCUCCUGGAGAGCGUUUGUGAAAGUAUGAGCGACUACGCCGCCUAUGUGGACCCUGACACAAAGGUCAAAGAGUACAGGAGGUUUGCUCCUCGGAGCGGGGUCAGCACCGGAGAUUUCCCGGACUUUAAAAACUUUCAGUUCGAUGGCCCUGAGGCAUCUGGUGCACUGAAGUUCGCAUGUGAGACCGUGGUGGAGGAUCUGGAGGAUGACAUCUUGUCUCUGUUUGGUGAGGAGACUGACGACGUGAAGGACGAGUUAUGCAGCAGAGUUUCAGAUUACUGCAGCGGCAGCACGCGCACUAAAGAGGAUUUAUAGUUUCUAUGAAGAUGAAGGAGGAUCUGUGUUACACUGAGAGGCCUUUAAAUAAAAUGUUCUGACAAAUCACUGAUAUCUUUUCAAUAAAUAAAGAAUAAAUCCUAA